AUGCUCGUGGGAAACCGUUCCCUCUUGCUCUUAUGGGCCUCGGCCGCCGCCAUGGCCAGCGCUCAGGCGCUCGGUGACCUCCCAGGCUGUGGUCAAACAUGUAUCGCCCAGGCGCUGGACAAGAAGGCGGCCCUCGGCUGCCCCGACGGCGCUCAGGCGUGCCUGUGCGCCAAGCCCGACUACCACAACGCCAUCAACGACUGCGUGGCCCAGUCCUGCGCUGCCGACCUCCGCGCUGUCGUGCUCACCUACGUGACCAACACCUGUGCCGCGGCAGGAGCACCCGCCGCGACCACACCGCCCCCCGCAGCGACGCCGACGCCCGCCACUUCGGCGCCUCCCCCGGCGGAGAGCACACAUAGCAGCGCGCCUCCUGCGGCCACGCCGAGCAGCAGCGCGGCCCCGAGCACGAGCAGCCCGCCUCCCGCGCCGGCGGCGAGCUCCACGUCGAGCUCUGCCUCGAGCUCCAGCUCUGCCCCGACUCCGGUUUCCAGCUCUGAAAGUAGCUCCAGCACGACUGCUGCCGCCGCAGCCACCACCACAUCUGCCUCGAGCACCUCCACCCCGGCAUCGAGCUCGUCCGCGUCCCCUACCUCGACGUCGACGCCGGAGCCCGCAGCGGGCGGCGGCGGCAUGAGCACCGGCGCCAAGGUCGGCGUCGCCGUCGGCGCCUCGGCCGGCGCGGUCGCCCUCAUCGCCCUGGCCGCCUGCGCCUUUGUCACGCGCCGCCAGAAGCGGAGGCGGGGCGGCAAGGGCGGCGGCUCGAGCGGCCACUCGUACAACAUCUCGGACCCGCUGCCCGGGUCCGGCCGCGACUACGCCGGCUGGUCGGACCCCGAGGGCCACCACCACCACUCGUCGUCGGAGCUCGAGAUGAAGUCGAGGCGGUACGAGGACAUGCUGCCGAGGCAGACGCCGCGGACGAUGAUCUAG